AUGGAAACAGAUGUUGUUAAAAACACUGCUCCUCAAACAUCCAUUGCAAGACAGAGGAGAAAGCUUAUUCUUAAAGCAAAGAGGGAUUAUCGAAACCGUGUCAGAUCAAGCAACCUCACUUCCCAUUUAAAUCAUAAUUUUACAUCUUCUGUAACAUAUGAAACCACUAUUGAAACGGCUAUGGCUAGAAAGAGAAGGAAAAUAAUCUUGGAUAACAGAAAAAGAUUGAGAAAUUUGUUCAAUACUGAAGUUAGUAGGGUUCAAAAUACGAACAACAUUGUUAGUCAAAGUCAGAAAAUGGAUCAUGCAUCUACUUCAAAUUAUAAUAUGUCAAGUCAGUCCAUGGAUCAUCCAUCUACCUCAAAUCAUAAUGUGUCUGUUGAAUCUCAUUAUGAAGACAAUGAUGACUCCAACUCUAACAAUAAUUUAAAUUCUUCUAAUAGUUUCGGCUCUGACGAAGAUUCAGACCCGGCACAAUUACAGGAGGCCCAUCUUCAAGAAUAUUACGAUAUUGGCGACCAAAGUUAUGAAUGCGCACACUGCCAAGCAUGUAUGUGGUACCAAGAAAAAGUGAAUAGACACAAAAUUACAGCAACUCCUCGCUUUUAUCGUUGUUGCCGUGGAGGAAAAAUUGUUCUUCCGUUCCUUGAGCAACCUCCACAAGUGUUGCAAGAUCUUCUAUUUAAUAACACAUAUUCAGAUAGUAAAAACUACCAGGCUAACAUACGAACAUACAACGCAAUGUUCUCAUUCACUUCCCCUGGAAUGAAGUUCGACACAACAUAUUCUAAAAGAGGUGGACCCCCUACUUUGAGACUGCAGGGUCAGACCUGUCAUCGAAUUGGUACACUGCUGCCAGAAACAGGGCAACCUCCGCAAUAUGCUCAAUUAUACAUCUAUGACACGGACAAUGAAGUUGAACACAGAAUAAAAUGUUUCAAGGACAACAAAGGCAUCGAGCGACCGGUUGUCAAAAAGCUCAAGAUGAUGUUAGAUCAGCACAAUGUUCAUGCCAAAGCUUUUAGAAUGGCAAGGGAUGUUUUAAGGACAAAUUCUUUCACAGAUUUAAAACUCAGGCUUAUUUCUGAUAGAUCCGAAGAUGGCCGUGUUUACAACAAACCUACUGUCUCAGAAGUGGCUGCACUCAUUGUGGGAGACAUUAAUUCUGCUGAUAAAAGGGACAUCUUAAUUCAGCGCCGCAAUGGUGGUUUGCAACGAAUAGAUGAGUUUCACCCAGCAUAUUUGGCUUAUCAGUAUCCUCUUAUAUUUCCUUAUGGGGAAGAUGGUUACAGGAAAAAUAUAAUGCACAGAUAUCGCCAUGAAACUGAGGUCACUAAGAGAAACCGUCAAAGCAUUAAGGAUUGGUUUUCUUACCGGUUACAACAACGUCGCAAAGAGGCAAAAACACUACUUUACUCAAGACGCCUAUUUCAACAAUUCUUAGUCGACGGCUAUGCUAUGAUGGAAUCCGAACGACUGAAUUGGUUGAGAGAUAAUCAGUCGAAAUUAAGAGUGGGCAAAUAUAAUAAUUUGGCCGCUCAAACUGAUUGCGAUACAAGAAAUGAACACCAAAAGCGAGGAAAACGAGUUGUUCUGCCAUCAACAUUUGUUGGUAGCAAGAGAUAUAUGGAUCAACUAUAUUUUGACGGUAUGGCCAUUUCAAGUCAAUUGGGAUUCCCUGAUUUAUUUGUUACUUUUACCUGCAACCCAAAUUGGCCUGAAAUUAAAAGAGCAUUGUCAGGCACAGGUCUACAACCCCAUGAUAGGCCAGAUAUCAUUUCAAAAGUUUUCAAAAUAAAGUUUGAUACCCUCAUGGAUGAUAUUACAAAACACCAUGUCGUGGGAAAAGUGAUUGCAUUACCAAAAUAUUACAUCGAACAAACUUUCAAUUUAAUAGAUAUGUACACCAUCGAAUUCCAAAAGCGCGGAUUGCCACAUGCUCACAUCUUGAUAUUCCUACACCCUAAGAGCAAAUACCCAACACCAUCUGACAUAGACAAGAUCAUUUCUGCUGAAAUUCCCGACCCGACUGUUCAUCCCAAUUUAUACAAAUUGGUUAGGGCACAUAUGAUGCAUGGACCCUGUGGGCUUGCUCGCGUGACCUCACAAUGUAUGAAGAAUGGACGAUGCUCUAAAUACUACCCCAAAAAGUUUAUUGAAGACACUAUUGUUGAUGCAGAGGGUUAUCCGCUGUAUAGGAGAAGAUCAAAAACCUUCACUAUUGAAAAAAAUGGCUAUGACAGAAUAACAGCAGCAGUUUCAACAAAUAGCAAUCAACCUGUUGAUGAGAUCCAACAAUAUCUCGACUGCAGGUAUGUCUCACCCAGUGAAGCAUGCUGGCGCAUUUACUCUUACAAUAUUCAUGGCAGAAAACCAGCUGUGGAACGUAUGUUCUAUCAUUUGGUUGGGGAGAAACCUAUAUACUAUACAGAUUAUGCACGCAUGGAAAAUGUGUUGGAAACUGCAAGUGUGACUGAAUCAAUGUUUACUGCAUGGCUGGUAGCAAAUGCUAAAUAUGAAGAGGCACAAACAUUAACUUAUGGUCAGUUUGUCUCAAAGUUUGUUUACCACAAAAAAAAGAGAGAAUGGAAACCGCGGAAAAAAGGCUUCACCAUUGGACGUCUCAUAUGGGUUCCGCCAACAACUGGUGAACUGUUUUACCUGCGCAUGAUGUUGACGGUGGCAAAAGGACCAACAACAUAUGAGGAAAUCAGGACCGUGGAUAACAUUCAGUAUGAUACAUUCAGAGAUGCAUGCUUUGCAAUGGGAUUUCUUGAAGACGACAAAGAAUACAUAGCUGCUAUAAAGGAGGCAAGUCAUUGGGGGACUGGUCAUUUUCUUCGAAAACUGUUUGUUAUCAUGCUUUUGUCUGGUGCUGUUAAUCGCCCUGCACAUGUUUGGGAACAAACUUGGCUCCUAUUAUCUGAUGGUGUCUUACAUACACAAAGAGCAUUGGCUGCUAAUCCAGAAUUGGACCUCACACAAGAAGAGUUACAAAAUUUGACUUUAAUAGAAAUUGAGAAACUGCUUCAGGCAAAUAGAAGGACACUAAAGGAUUUUAGUCCUAUUCCAUAUCCGGAUGCUUAUGUUCUUGAACAGUUGGGAAACAGGCUCAUAUAUGAUGAGCGUAAUUAUGAUACAGCAUCAAUGAACUCAGAAUUUGAAAAUCUGUUUGCUGCUCUUACAGGUAACUAUUGCGUCAAUUAA